AUGAGGAGGCGGAGGAGGGCGAGGAAGGCCUGGCGGGCGCCGGCGCAGGUAAGCCCUCCGCCCCCUCCCCCCCGGUACACGUGCAAUGGCGGGGGACGUGGGGACGCGGCACCGGGAGGAGGGCGCUCCUUGGCGCGGCUGCGCAGCCGGGGGGGGUGCGCCGAAGGGGGUCCUUCUGCAAGGCAGCUGGCGCAGCGGCCCACCUUCCAGGGCUGUUGGGAGGAUUGCAGGGGCCAGCUCCCCCUCGUGGCCGGCCGGAGGUGGUGCCGGACUCUGCAUUUGGCAGAGCGGCGAAAUGGGCUCGCGGCGGGACGAAGCGCGGAGUUGGCUGCCCAGAGGAUGCGGCGACGGCCGCCGGCACAAGGGGCCGUGGGGGCUCGAAAGAACCUCCCCGUGCAGGGGCAGUCAACCUCUAACUCCCAGUGCAAGGAGGCCGCAUCAGGGGGAGGCUUCUGUGCCCUGCUGUGUGAGGUCGCCAUAACCUUCGCUGACGUCACCGUCUGCUUCUCCCGAGAAGAAUGGGGAAUGCUGUCUGCUUCUCAGCGGGAGCUCUACCGGGAAGUGACCGCUGACAAUUACAACAGUCUGGUUUUCCUAGGCCUCAUCACUGCCAAACCACUGCUCUUUUCCAGGCUCCAAGAAGGGAAAGAGUGGCAUGAAGAGGAGUCAAGCGGCAACCCCACACACCCUUCCUUGGGUGAGGAGAAGCUGAACGCGAGGGAUGGAAAUCCAGGACCUGAAGAGACCUCCUCUGAAAGAUGCCAAGAGAGCAGUCAAGGCCCACGAAGGAGCAUCUCUCCCCCGCUCAGACCCCAUCCUGAAGCGAGUGCGUGUCUGCUUAGGCAGAAGAGAGGAUACAAGUGUAAUUAUUGUGGGAAAACCAUUGGACGCAGAGGAAACUUCGCUGCGCACAAGAAAAUCCACACUGGAGAGAAACCGUACAAAUGCCAGACAUGUGGGAAAAGGUUCAGUCGCAGUGAACACUUAACCGUGCACACGAGAACCCACACGGGGGAGAAACCGUUUCAGUGCGCGGACUGUGGGAAACGGUUCAGCCAGAAGGCAAACCUCCGCACGCACUCUAUGAUUCACUCGGGUAAAAAGCCCUUCCAGUGUUCUGAGUGCGGGAAAAGGUUCAUCGAGAAAGCAGCCCUCGCUCGGCACCAGAAGCUUCACGCGGGGGAGAAGCCAUAUCAGUGCGGCGAAUGCGGGAGAAGAUUUGUUGCAGAGAAGGUCCUCCGGAAUCACCAGAAAAGCCAUUUGGGGCCUUACCCAUGUGCCGAGUGUGGGAAAAAAUACGGGUUGAUUGGGAGCUUAAAGGUUCACCAGAGAGUCCACUCUGGGGAGAAGCCAUUUACUUGUGCCUUAUGCGGGAAAGGCCACGCCACCAAGGACCAGCUGAAGUACCACCAGCAAUCCCACCAGGAAGAGGGGCUCUACCGCUGCAGCUACUGCAACAAGGCCUUUAAGCACCGGUCCGGUCUCCUUUCUCACCAACGCAUCCACAGCGGGGAGCGGCCUCACAAAUGUACAUUGUGCCGGAACAGCUUCCGCCGCAAGGGCACCCUUGAGAAGCACCUGCGAGCUCACAGGGGAGAGAGACCCUUUCCCUGCACGGAGUGUGAGAAGCAGUUCUCUUGCAAGUACUAUCUCCAGGACCAUCUGAAGAUCCACACUGGGGAGAAACCCUUCCGGUGCAGCUACUGCGAGAAGAGCUUCCGAAGGCAGAAUCUGUGUCAAAAGCACGAGCUCGUCCACACGAGACCGCGGCCGAAGUGCGGCCAGUGCGGGAAGAGGCUGCGCACCCAGGGGGAGCUUGCGGUGCACCAGAGAGUCCACACGGGGGAGAAGCCUUUCCAGUGCGCCCGCUGCGACAAGAGAUACUACCGGAAAAACGAACUGGCGAAGCACGUGAAAAACCAGUGCAAGGAAUGA